AUGAGCUCCGGCCUCACCCUUACAGCUUCACUGAGAGUCCCACACGGACCGGGACCGACCCGCAUCGCUCUGAGCCGAGCAGGAAAACAGAGACUCACUGAGGAUCAGGGGGGAGGAGACGGUGUUAGAGGUCGAACCUGAGGACCACCCAGGAGGACCUAUCAGAGCUGCUCUGCUCCCUCUGAAGUCCAAAAACCCUUCAGUGUGGUUUUCCACUGGGCUCAGGUUCUGGUCCACUUUGAGUCCAGAUCAUGCAGACGUUUGGUUUCUCUGUUUUUAUCGAACCCUCGCUCCUGUUUGGUCUCACCUCAGAUGUUUCCAUGACGACCCUGAAGAUCAGCUGAAGAAACAUUUUCUCUGUGAAGCUUUUAUUUAUUUUAUCAAACUAAAAUAUCCUGUUAAAAAAAAACUAAAUAUCUAAAACAAAACAAAAACAUUUUAUACAAACUUAAAAACAUUUAAUCACAUCCAAAAAAAAACAUUUUAUAAAUUAUUCUGAAAAUAUUUUUACACGAUCCGACAUGGAUGGAGUCUGUCUGAGUUUAAUGAAAUCCUCUUUUUCAUUAAUUUUUUUUUGUUUGUUUAGCAAAAAUACUUUAAGUUUCCUACAAUUUUUUAAUAUAUUCAUGUUUCCUGGUAUUUAAAAAAUUUUCGGUUUAACAAAAAAUAAUUUUCAGUGAUUUUUUCCAAAUUGUUUAAUUUUUUUUUUAUGUUUUGAUGUUUUUAUAAAAAAUGUGUUCGUUUUUUUUCAGAAUAUUGUGGAUUCUUGAAAUAUUGUGUGUCUAAUUCUUAUUUUGUUAUAAAUAAAUAUUUUUGUGUCCACACCACGUUUGUCCCCUCAGGGCCUCCGUAGCUCUGCCUCUGUAGGUUUGUGUUUCUCAGUGGUUUGUUUAAAUAACUUUUAUUCUGUCAUUUCUGUAUUUCUGUUUUUAAACCGUCUCUCCUGUGUCUGAGUUUCCCUCACACGGUCGGUUCCCUGCAGACCGUCUCGCUGAGUUCCUGUCAGAGCUCCUCAGCUCCUCCGUUUCCUGUCCUCCUGGUUUUGUGUCUCUGAAUCAAACCCUGCUCCUCUUCUCCUCUCAGUUUUAUGAUUAAAUAUCUGAGCGUCAGCCUCGUCCCCUCUCCUCCGUCUGUUGUCGUCCAUUUUUAAAUAAAGGUGCUAAUCUCUGCAGAGCAGCUCCGUUUGUCUGAGGAUCAUCAGCUGAUGAAGUCUGUGAGGGUGUAGAGGUGACCGUCUGAGAGUUAAGUGAGAUGUUCGGAGUUUGACGUCUAACAGACUCGCAGACGGAAACAUGUGGAGGUGGAGGAGACGUGUCUUUGGAUCAUGUGACAUGAAUCAGACGAGAUCAGGCGUUAAAAACGACAGCAGACACUCUGUCAUCUCCUCAAGUUCUCCAGUGAAACCAUCUCUCUGAGGAACUUUGAGAGGAAGUCACGGGGUGACUCUUUAACUCGCUCACUCCUAAACCGUAAUCAUCUUUUAAGCAGCAGUCAGAGCGUUCAAAGAGACGCUGCGGUGGAACUAUGUUUAAUCUUUCCUCUGGGGAUCAUGGAGGAGCGUUUUAAAGAAGACGAGGGCGUCAAUUAAGAGGAAACGAACUUCAAAAUGACGACCAUUAAACUCUGAAAUCUUUAAAACGCUCCCUGCUGAAUUGUCUUCUCAGCGGAGAAGGUUUCGAGAGAGCGCCGCUUCACUCUGAGGAGAGACAUGAGGUAUUUAUUUACUCCGCUCAGGCUGUCAACACGCCCAGAGUCCAACCGCCAGUCUGUCAGAGCGCUUUUCAAACCCGGGCUUUCUAAUGUCAGGACAUCAGUCCACAUGGAGACGAACGCCAACGACUCAGAAAAACAGGCCGAGAAGUUUGAACCUCGCUGUUCGAACCCUGAACAGACGACAGGAAGUCAACAGAUCCAUCAGUCAGGUCUGAGCGCAGGAGGGCGGUCAGAGGAGGGCGGUUCAGAGACGAGGGUUCAUCCAGCAGACAGAUUUCAGGGUAACGCCCACUUACCUGUACAGGUGACACCCACUUACCUGUCCUGUUUGAGUGACAUGUUGGAGCUGCUCGCCGUCAGUCAGCUGUUUCCUUCUUCUUAA